CGGCUGAGCCAGGGGAGGGCCGGGGGAGGGAGUGCCUGGCCGGGCCGGCCUGUCUGCCGAAAUGGAUGACAGUAAGGUGGUUGGAGGCAAAGUAAAGAAGCCUGGUAAACGUGGUCGGAAACCAGCCAAAAUUGACUUGAAGGCAAAACUUGAGAGGAGCCGGCAGAGUGCAAGAGAAUGCCGGGCCAGAAAAAAGCUGAGAUACCAGUAUUUGGAAGAGUUAGUAUCCAGUCGAGAAAGAGCUAUAUGUGCCCUCCGAGAGGAACUGGAAAUGUAUAAGCAGUGGUGCAUGGCAAUGGACCAAGGAAAAAUCCCUUCUGAAAUAAAGGCCCUACUCACUGGAGAAGAGCAGAACAAAUCUCAGCAGAAUUCAAGCAGACACACCAAAGCUGGGAAGACAGAUGCUAAUAGCAAUUCCUGGUGAAGAUGAUAUAAAAUGAUGAAUCAGUGAUUGAAGCCAAUAUUCUAAUUUCCAUGGAGGAAGAAUAGGCAAGAUUUUGCUUCUUGGCUCCACUUACUACCUACUGCUCAGUAGUCAUCUCUGUAAAUCUGCAGUUUCUACCAAAAUGUGGGAUUACAGAUCUCAGAAGAUCUUGCUUUAACUUUUAAUACUUAGAAAUUUUUCAAACAUUCAGAUCUGUUCUGUACUGCUACCCAUGACAUUUAACAUGUUAAGAUGCUUGAAAACACAAGAGUAAAGUGGUUGAAGAUUGUAUUUUUGCACCUUAACUCCACAUUGCUUUAUUGGUUAAUUUAUAUUCAUGUAAUUCACAUAAUUAUAUGUGUAUGUGUGUUUAGGUGUCACCUCCUUUCAUGUUUCUGAUUGCCCUACAAAGAGAAACCAAAUGGGCUGAUUGCUAACUGUAAGUUCUCAGCCUUUAUGGACCUAAUAUUAUUUCUUUUUAUUUACUUGAGUAAUGUUUAUUUUCUGCAUGAACCAUGAUUUCUCCUGUGAGCCAUUCCAGCAUAAGCUGUGAAUAUGUAUUAACAAAUAUAUACAUUUCUAUUUUUAUAAUCCAUAGAUAUGCCUGUUUUAAAUAAUGUAUAUGUUUAAAAAAUACAUCAAGAAAAGCCUUAAGACAGCCUCUAUUUAAAACUUUUGUUGCUGUCUUAUCCAAAUGUAUUUAUGAAAGUUUGGUAGGUCCACACUUUGAUAAUAGUCAAAUUUCACUUUUAAGCGGAAUUAACCUUUUAGGCAUUUCAGCAGCAUACAUUAUCUUGACAACCUAGAAUAUGUAUGUAUAUGUAUAUGUUCUAUUUUAUGUUUAUAUAUGUAUGUGGGGAGGACAGGAGUGAAUGUUCACACAUUUUCUUGUGUACUCAACUAAAUUGGAGAAUUUUUCUGGAGAAAAUAGGAUGAGGGCUGGGAUGUAGCUUAGUGGUAGAGUGCUUGCCUUAGCAUGCAUGAGGCCCUGGGUUCAGUCCCCAGCACUGGAAAAAAAAAAAAAAAAAAAAAGAUGAAGAAAUUAGCUGCUGAGAUUGAGUUUCUGCCUUGAGAUCUGGAAAAAAACAAGGGACAAACUGUUGGUAAAUUUAGUGGCUAUAGCCCUAAGCAGAGUACUUAGUGUCUUCCAUGACAUGAGUUUUCUUAUGAACAUGUUCUGAGCCAGAAAGAAACAUACUAUGGUCAUGCAUCUGGUUCAGUCUGUGCCUCCACUGGUAUGAAGCACUGGAGCUGGAGUUGUACACAGCAGUGUAGCUAGUGUGUCCAGCAGAAAGUAUGCAAGGGCAGAGGAGUUCUUUGCAGUUCCCAUCAUUGCUACAUUUACUUUCUUCUUGACCACCAAAUGGAGUGAUGGUUGACGAAUCAAACUUAUAAUAUGAUGUACUCAGACCUAGGAAUCUUUUGAUUUCCCCAGUGAGACACUUUAUCACUCUUUCUCAUAGUUAAAUCAGUUGUGUUCUCUGUUGCUGCUAAAUCAUAAUUGUUCUUCACUAAUGAAACAAAUGUUUGGCUUCCAAACAAAUAUACUUUUGUUAUAGACUAGAAGUUUAAUAGGAGGCAUCAUCAUCUAGAUUGUUUUUGAGGUGGGACAUAAAUUGGACCACACAGUUUAAGAUUAAAAGAUACUUUUUCCCUUUCUGUCAGGCCAUGCAUUUGAAUAAAGUGCUUCCCCUUAGCCUGAGUUCCUAAAGACCUCUUGUGCUUAGGUUGCAAACUCAGAUCUCUUGGCUAGUUGUGUGUAACUACUGAUAAAUCACUAGCCCAGCUUGUUGGGUUUCUGUAUUUUGGAAGAUAGGGACUUUAAGAGUAUUUAAUGUCUUCUUAGGACCAUAAAUGUGGGUAGAUUAAGGAUUGUUGAUAUUUAGACCUUCAGAAUCUGUGUUUUAAAUGUAAUGUUCAGAUUGUAAUGGGUAUGUUUUUGCCAGCUGGUCUACUCAAUUGUAUAUUUUUAUUUUGCAGAACAACCCAAGACUGACUUUAUGUUGCUUUGUUCAGUACCUUCUGAAUUCCCCAAAAGAGUUGUUUUCAAAGCAAACAUUCCAAAAUGAAUGUGGCUCUUCAAUGCAAUGUCUCCAUUGUGAUUGAAGGAUUUCUUUCUGGUUAUAAUUCUAAAUGACAGGGUCAUUUGCACUUCCUCCCCUCCUCCCUAGUAUCUACAAGAGCAGGGACUUUGUCCUCAGGUAGAGGAUAUAUAAUUUUGGGUGAAAGUAAAUUAUAAUUUAUUUUAGUUUAUUUCUGAACCUAUCUAUUUGGUAUCUUGGAGUAGAUCAAACUAAGAGAAUGUUCCUUGGUCUUGAAAAUGACUGUUGUGAUUGCUUUGGGCAUUGUGCUCGCUGCACACUUUGUCCACUUUGGAGCAUGUGAAUAAAUGUCACUGAUUAAAACAGUUAGAGCACUUCCCUCCCCAUCCAGUGAAGGGGCAGCAUACCUAAAUCUCUCCCUACCUGUGAUGACAGGGCUGGGAGAGGACAGACAGUGAAGGAACCAGUGAGUACAGGAGAAGGAUUGUUCUCCUUGCCCUCUGAGUGGACAGAGAAAUGUUUUUCCUUUUCCUUUUUUCCCCCAAAGAAAGAAAGGUAAAGGAAAAGAUAUAUUUGUGUAUUUAGACCAGGCAUAUUAAGUCAUUAUUUUAGCAUCAACAUUCCAUAUAUUAGGUCAACUGAAUGUAAUAUGGAAUGAAUCUGACCAGGCCAAAUUCUAGGAUUUAGUUGAAGUCCUUAAACAUUUUUCCUAUUUUAUUUAAAAUAUUCCUAUUACAUCUAAAUCAGAAUUAUCUCAGUGCAGCAAAUUCAUAUAAUUGUUUGCCAACUAAUACAUUACUUAGUGUUACCAUUUAGCAUUUAAUUUUGUCAUCUUUGAAUUAUGAUUGAUAUGACUAAUUAUAGAAAGUACAGGUUUAAACUGGAGUUUUCUUAAGUUAAAGGCAAAUGAAAUUUUAAAAAUGCUGUAUUUCACAAGAAAUCAGUUGCUACUAUCAGUUACAUAUUUCAUUUUUAAAAGGAGGAAGAUUAUUGAACCACAUGGUAUCUGGGGGCAUUGAAGGGAUUUUUUUCUUUCUCUGAGAGCAUUGUACAAUUAUAUUUUUAUGAGAAAUAAAAUAUCUUCACCAGA